UUACCGGCUUCGGCAUUCUAUACAUUUUUAUCAGAUCUUUCUCUCAUGAAAAUUCAAGGCAUUCCGUCACCUUGUGACACACAUAAAUGCAGCGUUAUCACAACCAUCUAUAACCUACAAUAUUAUAAUAGAAGACGCUAUGAAUACAAUGACUAAAGCCAGUUUCAAAAAUAAUGAUCAAAGCCCGAAACAAGGGCGACGUCCGGCGCGGGGAAAAAACGGGACGUGGUCGCGUCGCUUUUCAGCCCAAAAAGGCCAGCUAACAGAAAAGUCGACCGUCUCAACCGACACGAGGCGAAGCUAGAGGAACAGCAUAAAUAGAGCCACAGUCGAGUUCCAUCAAAUUAUGGGAAUUACGGAGACGCUGUUGCAGAAAUGUUCAGAUGUCCAUGAUCUCCAGAUAUUCAUUUUCCAUGAGCAGAUUGUAGUUUGCAUACAGACCAUUUUUAAGAAUAAUUGAGAUUAGUUAAUCUACAUCGAGGAAUCAUCCUUACCGACGAUUAUCAGUGCCGUACAAAGAGAGGCGUUGGAGCCUCGUCGCAGAUUAAUUACACGGCCUAGAAAAGUGGAGGUUUAAUCCGGUAAGCAGGUUCCAAAGUGCACGGGUGCACUUUCUCUCGCUGUCAAGACACUGCUACUCGAUUGUUGCUUUAUUCUGGUAAAAAAAGAGGCAAAUUCUGGUCCGCAGAAAGCGUUGCUGCGCUUUAAACCAGUUUCUUUUUUGCACGAGCUGCAGUUUCCUUCUCUCUCUCGUUCUGUCUCCUCCGCUCGGGACCAGGUCGCCACCUCUGGCAGACUCGAGUGGACGAAAGGGCUCUUCAAAAAUCACCUCGUGAAACCUCGAGAGAACGCGUGCAACGCAGCAGAUUAAACUCUGCUGGCAAUUGGUGUGGCUAAGAGAGAGGGAGGAAAGUUGAUGACUUAUAUACCCAACGAUUCGUCUGUUGCUUGACCUAUUCUAACGCUGUAUCUUGCUGAUAAGCAGCGUUAUCUCAUCAAACUGUCUUACAACUCAUUCAUUGCUGAUUAGCUUAGCCAAAUCGUGUGUAAGACAUUUCCUUUCAAAUCUUUUUCCUCUGCAUUGUACAAGAGCAACUUAUCCUAACUAAUUACAUUCCUUUUCAGAAACUCAGUCCCAAUGUUUUCCGAUGAAUCAUAACUCAAUACCUGCAAAUCUAUUUCAACUUUUGCUGUCCACCGUAUCCAGUUUAUUAUUCCAAUCCUGGUCCCAAGACUCGGUAAGUCAAACAACCAAUUGCAUCAUACCAGUUGAGCAUGAUUGUUUAUUUAAGCUGCUCGUUGAAGAGCGAGAACGUAUCGCGAUGUCGAAGGCUGCGAGUCGAGUCUCGUUCGCCGACGUCUGCGCUUAAUUAGAGUUUAAAGACGCGGCCAGUUUGCCCGAGCGGAGAAAAGAAAAACGAGACGCGGAGAGAGGUCGAGCACGUGAAUUUUUUACCAGCCCUCUAAGUGCCGACCGCUCGACGGAACGACGACCCACUCUGACAAUGAGACCGGCACUUGGUCGACGUUGAACGACCUACAUAUCCAGUGAAUCAAAAGUCAAUCAGCACCCCCCUCUGCUGACUUCUUUUAUGCCUAUUUAUAGCUUCAAGAUUCUUCUCAAUUUUUUUAAUUCUUCAUUAUUAGUCUUAGUUGUCUUCUUUCGAUUAGACUCUGUUCAAAAGAGAUUAAGUCUUUGGGAAAUUUCAGGAGCACCCUUUUUAUUGGAAUAAUCUUUAGACCGACUUGAAAGAAAGCCUUUGAAUAAGGGCAAAGUCAAUUGAGAGUUGGUUCUCCAGAGGAAAUUGGGAUUGAAGAAUGACGAGCAACUUACGUCAGUCUGCUGACCGAGGAACCAUGCAUCGGAGUCAUUGUUAACUUUCUAUCGAUUCAUCGUAAUCGUUUAUCUGAUGCUUCCAAAAAAAAAAAAAUUCCGAAAACCAAGCAGAAACCAUGCAGCAAGUAAAACACGGUAUUAUCUGGCGAGUAUUUGUACAGGAACAAUAUCGUUGUUUGCGCAAAAGUAUAAAUUUUUGUGUCGCCGGCGUAUCUUGGCGUCGCGACAAAAAAAGAAGCGUGCUCUUCUUUCAUCUGUUUUUCUUCGACUACGAAUCCACGCAAUUCGAUGCCUCCGUUCAACAUAAUCUUUCAGGUGCGUCGAAAGGGAGAAGAGUGAUCGACGUCUUCCUGUUCGUGAAAUUCCUCAUCGAGCGAUUCUUUCGGGGAAAUUGUUAUCUGAAAGGAGAAUAACGUGGCCGGAUCGCGUCACGAACCGUAUAGACGACCGUCCAUACACUCUACACCUGGCGAUAACAAUAUCUUUCUUAUGACUCUGUUGCAAACAGAUAAGGCUGUGUUGUCAACGACUUUUAUAACCAUGAUUCUUUGAACGAAUUGCUCACAUUAACCGAUUCACCAUUGCCGAUUUAUAACACCCGUUUUAGAUCAGGAAAGUGUAUAUUCUGGACUCGGCAUUAGCCUUGAUCUCGUUUGAACCGUUGCGUUCAUUCGUAUGUAAUAUUUCUUUCUAUUUUUAAUAGAUGCUCUAAAAAUGAAACUGGACGAUUCUACGUUUUCUGGUAACUGGCCAUUAAAUUUCAAGGAGCUCUUAAACGUAUCACCGUGGAAGUAGAAUAUUAAGUACGAGUCGUUUGAGAUAAGGAAUGUUUAAUCAAUCUUUACGAACACCGUGUCGAAGAACGCAAUUACCUGUGACGUUAGAGGUGCGCGCAGACUGUUGCAUCGAACGGUGUAUAGAAUAUUAAUCGAGCUAUGAAUAACGAGAAUGAAUCAUAUGUAAAGAUGCAAUCUCUUAAUGAGUUUGAACGGUGGAUGUUAUUAAGAUUGACUGGAAGCGUGGAUACAAGUUUGAGUUAAGUCUGAUUAAGCUUAUUAGCUUUGGGUAGAGUCUAAAAGAGGCCCAGAGUCGGUGAACUGAAAGUUAGAUCCAGAAUUCCGAAUCCAGAGGAAUCACAGUGUAUCGAGGGAGGCGAAAGGAGGUCAAUCUAAUUCGUUCUUUAAUAAAAGCGACUUUACACUUUCUCGUGGAAAGAAAAAAAGAGAUCGGAGGAGCUAGGUAUUGGUUACAAGAUGGCGACUUUCACAACACCUCGUACAAUGAGCUCAUUAUUGUACAAGAUCGAAGCAGUGUGUUUCUUGAAAGACUAUUUUUUCAUAAGCAAGGAAUUCAUCGGUCGAAUAAAAACAAGAUAAUUCCACGAGAGUUCGUCGCGACUCUCCAGCCAACCGAGAGCGACGUCUGUCCAUAUAUUUAGACCAGCUUGAUGAUUUUUUUACACACUGCCCUUCGAGCUCUUCCAUAAGCUCCUCCAAAGAUUAUUUCCAAUGACGAGGAGUCGGUUGACUCGUAUUUCCGGCAAAGUCGACGGAAAAUCGCAACACCGCAUACCGGUUCUUUACUCGGCUAACGAGACACGUGCACAAGCCAGAUAGUGUCGCAAAGAUAUGCCUAUUACGGUCGAACGAGCCGAACAUUACGAGUAUGUUAGCAUUAUGACACGCGCGUCGUGUCGCGCUGCUUGCCGAUCAGGUGUAUCUGCGAACGUGUUCACUUUGUUCGCGAUAUUUCCUUCCCCAGAGAUCGGAUUACCAUUGGCAGAGUCGAGUCAUCGAUUCCAUCACUUCCAUGGAAACAGACUCGACUCGUUAACAUUUCAAUAUUUUGCCAUAUUUCACUUCUGACCUUCGUGAAUUUGAGCCUAGACCUUGCCAAAAUGGAGCUACAGGUCACUGCUUGCCCUUCCUCUUCAGGAUCCACAAAAGUGUGGACCACCGGGUACAUACCAUAUGUCGACCGUAUGAGAAAACUGGUCGACGGUGAGACGCCUGCAGAUUCUGUGGCCUCCUUAAGCAGCUUCUGCUUCCCUUGCCCCGACUCUCGCCUAACCAUCCUCGACAGAGUAUGUGUACUCGUUCCCAGAGAGUUGGCGCGGGCUGUCUUAAACCCCACCAUCUCUCUCAGCAAUUAUCUCUCUUUCUCUUCUCGUUCCUUCUUAUUCUUGCCUCUUCUGGCAUUGCUGAGAAAUCGAACAGAAGAAGUUGAACGAUCGGAAACACCGCCGCAUCAUUGUCCAAUCGGAACCGAUUCCUCUUCUCCAGCAUCCUCGUUUUCACGAAGAAAGCUGAUCCGAGAAAAUCUUACGCAAGAGAAAUUUCACUUCCUUACUGGAUGAAAACCAGUAUUAUACCUACGGUCUAUAGCAGAGGGUCUCAAGUGCAUCUGAAAGAUAAACAUCACGAUAUUUUCUUCGAACCAAUGUACCGAUAACGAUUCACGGUUAACAGAAGAAUGCGGGACGCUCGGUUGUCCCCUUCCUUCGUGCAGGCAUAUUUUAGAUCGUUAUCCAGUGAAAAGUUUCAGCAGUAUCGCCGUCGUCGUCGUUACCGUAAAUUUCAAGUAUGUUCGACGCCUAGACGCGUUCUCAACUUCUUGUAGCCCUUCGUCCAGGCAAGCGGUCGCUUGGUGCAUGUGGAGGGGAAUAAUUAUGGAGGGGGCACGACUCUCGAGUUUCGUAUUCAGUUUCCAAUGCACCGUCGAACGGAGUACGUCGGUUAGAUUGUCAUUUCUCGUGGAAUUCUUACCUGAAGAAAGAAAAAAAGUCAGAAUUUUUCAUCGUUCGUUUUCAUUUGUAGGCUUGAAAAAUGAAAGAGUACUACAGUGCGAUGCGUUGAAUUCUUCAGAGAAGUACCGAUGAGUUUCAAUGACUACGUUUUCUCCGUUCAUCAUCAGAUUCGGUGUUUAAGGAUGCGAGCAUAUCUCUUCGAGAAGCAUCAAUUGGAAACACGUUCCCAGAGACGUUGGUCACGGCUGGUCGAUGCAACAAGUGGUCGUUGGAGGCUGAGAUCAAAGCUCGCUCACCGAUCCCUGCUAAGUUUUCCGAUCAGAUUCGUAAACACCGUUGAACAGGGUAUCGUAUAGACCUUCCAGGAGGAUAAAAAGUGGCUCGAGGUCACGAAUCAUCGAAUUCUUCGGUGGACUCGUGUCACACGAUGUAGAAAACCAUCAUCCCCUUCGUGUAACUUCAGCUUCUCGUUGUCAUCGUUAAGGGAUCACGAUCUACUACCCUGUAGAGAGGGUAGAAACUCGAAGAAACGUGUAUCGAAAUUCUACUUCCACUGUGUUUAACUUGAAAUAUCAAUGUUUUAAUUGGACGUUGUGAAAGUAGUACACGAUACGCGCUCUCGUUACAGAGUACUCUGUAGAAUUUCAAAGCGGUGUCCUUUUAAUUCAAAAACUAUAGUGACGCUAUAGUGAUCGUUUCAGAAGGUUGAAAUUGAAAUUAUUUUGAUCACCCUUCUGGGCUCCACUAAACAGUUUGGUGCAAUGAUGAAAUUGAAAAUGUACAAAUUAAACGAUGUUACUCAACGUGUCUCAGACUUUAAGCAACGUUGACUGCCGGACAAUCUUUCGUUUAAAAAGAUAAUGAAUUUGUUAUUUCAAUCGAGUGCCUAGUUAAGUGUGAAGAGCGACCAUGAUGAAGUUCAAAUCGCUGUUUCGCAGAGGACAACAAACCCAGCAGCAACAACCGCCGACGCAGUCGCAACAGCAACAGCAGCAGCAACAGAACCCGCUGCGUCAGGCACCCAGCGCCUCCUCGCUGGAGGCUAAAAACGAUAAUCCGUCGGUGGGAAAUUGGAGCUCCCUUGGUAAGGAAGCGAGCAAAGGGAACGCUAAGGGAAAUUAUAACCCCAAGGGACCCGGGAAGGGGUCCAGGAUGCAGGAGCUUGAGCGUGAAAUCGAGGUGUUACGCAAGGAACGAGCCAGACUCGAGUCGAAUCUGCAGGAGGCGUCUUGCGACGCUCAGAAUCUUCAUGAUUUACGUGCCGAGCUUGCCUCUCUCAAGGAGCAGCACAGUUUGGAGUUAGAACGCCUCGCUGAAGAGAACGAAGCUCUUCGUGCAAGAUUGAGGGACGUAGCCCAUUCUCCGUUGUCAGAUUCAGAGAAGCAGCAGUUACUCCUGGAUGUAUCUAGACUGCACAAUUCUGCUCCAGCAUCCAUAGCAAUUCCUCAAGAUGAAGGUUCAACACCUGUUGGCCCGGUACCCCAGGACAGUGCUCAGUGUACCACCCCUGAUUGGGACAAACAUUCCUCCAGCUCUGUAUCAGAAGUUUCUGUUGCAUGUCUGCAGGAUAGAAUAUUGCAAAUGGAAGAAACGCAUUAUUCGACGAACGAAGAAUUACAGGCAACUAUACAAGAAUUGAGCGAUCUACAGGCACAGCUUACAGAACUACAAGCUGAUAACGAAAGGUUAACAGAAGAGAAGGACGUUCUUCUGGAGUCGUUAUGCAGACAGACAGAAAAACUUGAAGAUUCACGCUCGAAGGUUGAUACGCUUCAAGGUUUACUUUUAAGGGAGGAACAGCCUCAAGAGCCUGCUAAAGGAUACAACACAGAGAGGGAACAAAAAUUAGUUGAUCUUCUGAAAAGCGCGCAAGAGGAACGGGAAUCUUUGUUGCAAAAGCAGGAGGAAUUAACGUUAGAAGUGAAAAGCUUGAGGGCGGCUGCUGAAGUGAGUGCCGCUGAGACGGAACGAUUAACGAAAUGCGUGCAUCUGCUGGAAUCCUCGGUGGAAGCGGCGAAUAUUGAACGAAAGCAGUUGGAUUUGGAGUUGGCGGAGGCCAGGCAGGAGGGUGCGAAUCGGAGCAUAGAGAUCAGUAGGCUAGCCACGUUGCUGGAGAACGCCAGAGCUAAAAUCGAAGAACUGGAACAAUCGCGGCAGGUGGAGAACAAAAGCGAAGCUGACGAACUGUUGGACGCUGCCAGGAGAGAAAAAGAUACUCUGGAGACGCAAGCGGCGGCCUUGCAAGAGCAGUUGGCACGCUCGCAUUGCGAUCAUGAUCGUCUUAGAGAUCAAUACUCGCAACUCCAAGAGGAAUACAAAGUAGCAAGAAAUAAUGCAAAAUCAGCGAUCGACGACUUAGAGUACAGAUUAAAUCAAUUAAAGGACGAGCGAUUAUCGGUGAGCACGGAACUUCAACUCGUACGGGACUCGUUGGCGGAAUUACAGGCUCAGUGUCAGAGACAUUUAGAGGAUAAAAGAGAGCUGAAAGCUGCGCUGAACGAAGCUCAACGAAAAGAACGGGAAGCUCAAACGCAUCAGUACGAAUUAGAGCGUGCCUUAGACGACGAACGUAAACUGAGGCAAGAGGAGAUCGCCGAAUGGGAACAAUUUCAAACGGACUUGCUGAUGACCGUACGAGUUGCGAAUGAUUUUAAAACGGAAGCUCAGAGCGAGUUGGAACGCGUUGUCAUGGAGAAUAAAGCCCAACGGGAUAAACUGAGAUCGCUAGAAGCGCAGCUCGAUAAGUUGAAUAAAGGCAACACCGCAGCUCCUCAGUUUAAGACUUUUGGUAACGCCGCUGGAAAUUCUCGCAAACCUGCGAGUAAUAUUCUGAAACGCGGUCGUACUAUAAUAAAAAGACGGCAAGAGUCCAAGAAAGGUGCGGUAAGAACGAACGUUCUAAAAGCGAUCAAUGAACCAGGUUCCCGUAAAACGGACGACUCAAAGAUACCGAAUUGCACGAUUCCUCGAGAGAACGUAGACUCGGAUAAGGAAUUGUUCUGUUCCAAGGAACCUGAAUUAACAGACAAAUUAAUUUCUGGCGAAGAGGUUGAAUUCUAUACCUCUGAGAAUACUUUAGAGGAUAAUGAAAAAACUGAUGUUUCCGCUUUGGAAUCGAUCAAAGAUACACCUGAAAGAUGUUCACCAAUGGAAUUGGAUAAUACCGAUGGAAAAGUAUCGGGUAGAGAAAUUCGUGAACUGAAAAGAACAAAUUCAAGCGAAUUCAUGAAUAGUACUGAAGAUUAUCCAAAAUUAUACAUCCCAAAUACAUCGGUACCUGAUGAAAGCAUAGCAGCAAAAUCCUUUCUGUUGAAAAACAUCAAAGGGAUUCAGAAUAUGGGACAAAAUUCCUAUGGUAUUAAUAUCUCCAACAGUCGUUUUUUCGUCCCUAAAGAUUAUGUGUAUUCCGGGGUGGAGAAUGCGCUGGACGAUUUAAAAUUCGAAGUGGAUCCAGAGAUGAAGAAGGUGUUGCAAGAAAGUACUCAGGAAAAUGAUAGCGCUGAAAAUUCUCGAUUAAUUACCACGCAAGAAUCUCAAAAAUCGGAUAAAUCUAAUUUGAAAGAUAAGGAGAACUCUUCAAGAUUAUGCAAAGAAUCAGAGAACUCUUCGAAAUUCGAAGAUUAUUCGCUUAAUAAAAGGCGUAGAUUGUUCUUGAAAAAGAACGAAUCGAGAUCUGGAAGUGAAAUCGUUGAUUCUCUUUUAGAUACUAAUUACAAACAAAACAUUUUUAAUUCCACUUUACAUAACAGAAGUUUCUCUACUUCCUUGGAUGAUCUCAAUUUUCAUAGGAUUACUAAUUCUUCUGAUAAUUCUGACAAUAACACGAAAAAAGGAAGAAACAAAGAGCAAUUAACGAUUGAUAAUAUUAGUAAAAGUGCAAUAUCCUAUAAAGAUUCGAAUAACAUCCCAUAUUCGAGACCAAAAAGUGUUCAAACUUUGUACAGAAGAUCCGAAGAUUUAGAUCUGUUGAAUGAAGAGCAAGUUAACACAGAAAACACGUGUAUGCUUCCCAGAAGAGAGAAAAAUAGGAAAGGCAACGGUUCAUAUACAGAGAAACACAGUUCAAUUCUGUCUUCCUUGGAGAAUUUACCUAGCUCUGUUACCGAUACUUCGGCAACAGCUAUUACUUCACGAUUAACAUCGAAAGAACCUUUAAAAACUAACGUUCGAACUUUAGAUUCCCUAGCUUCAACUACCUCUUUGUCAAAAACUUCUGAAGAAGAAGCUUUGAAAUUCGAGAGCGAUCUACAAGAGACAAGAAAAAAUUUAACACUUUGCGAGGCGAACAGAUUGAAACGUAUGAAGUUCUUAAACAUGGAUUUAUCGCAGUCUGAGUCGGAUACCGAAUACAAGAUAAAGGAUUCUGUUGCCAGUGAAGAAACGAGGCUGCCGAAAAGCGAUACUUUAAGUAAAAAUUCAGACUGUAAAAUAAAUCAGGGCAUUGUUAACGAUUCAACAUCUGCGAGCAAGGAUAGAUCUCUGAUAGGGCGGACAUCAUCCUUGAGAGAGAAAUUUGAAACGAUCAUAGAGGAUGUGGAACUGAGACCAGGACGUCAAAUAGGUACAAUAUGCGACCCGAAUCAGAAAGUGACGCAGCAACCCCCUCAGAGGCCAGCGAGCACUCCGACCGAUACUCAACAGUGCGUAUUAACAAGCGUUCAACAAGAAAUCGCAGCACGUCGCAAAGCUAAUAUUUCGCGUCAAGACUCGAGAUUGUCUGUAAAAUGUUUGAUAGAAAGCAUAGAGAAUGCUACGAAACAAGCGAAAGCAGGACCUGGAAGUCGAAGCAGUUCCACGUCAUCUCUCAAUUCUAUCGGAACGAACGAUAUAAUGACGUUGAAAGCUCCGCUCAGGGAUCAGCAGCAAAUCAAUAACCUAAUAUGCACAGCGAACACAACGAAUAACAAUAAAACUCAGGCUACCAUAGCGAGGAAACCUCUAUCGGAAACAAAGUCAACGGUGCCUGUGGUGUUAAGCCCUGGCGAAUUGCUGGACUCGGCCGCUUUAAAUGCCAAGGCGAUCGACUUUGUCCGCCGCAACAGUGUGACAGAUUUAUCAGAACGCAAGGAUCCUUUAUGUGGUUUGAUUAAGAACGGAGGCUCGAAACGGAACGCUUUGCUCAAAUGGUGUCAGAACAAAACUUUAGGCUACCGGAACAUCGAUAUCACGAACUUUAGUAGCUCCUGGAACGACGGUUUAGCGUUGUGCGCUAUCCUUCAUUCCUAUCUGCCGCAUAAGGUACCGUACGAUACGUUAACGCCAGUGGAAAAACGGAGAAACUUCUCGAUUGCUUUCUCAGCUGCCGAAAGCGUCGGGAUACCUACUACCUUGAACAUUGGUGAAAUGUGUCAAUUGGAGCGACCUGAUUGGCAACAAGUCAUGACAUAUGUAACCAGUAUUUACAAACAUUUUGAAACGUAAUUUUUGGUUCGUUGUCUCGUACCGCCGAGGCAGGUCCCUCAACAAUGAGAAUGUUCUUCGCGAAGAUAAAUAAGAACAAGAUCCAUCUAGUCAACCAAAUUCUAUAGGGAGAAAAUUGAAUACGGACUUUUUUCAAUUUCCAACGAUCGCUGGAUUAUCAACCACUCUAUGCCUAUGCUGUAUAAUGAUCACGAGUGAAUUUGAUGGAACACUAAACACCAAAUGGAAUUGCUUUUAUUAUGAGACUGAAUGUUUAAUUGUAUAUUCAUAUAUAAUAUAUAUAUUAUAUAUAUACGUUAAGAAACGAGACAAAGAAAUUAGAGGCAGGGAUUUAAAUACCAGAGACGCGCAUCUUCUUUGUACGCGAAGAGAGGAAAAGAAAAAAGUAAAAGAGGAGCAGACGCAAGCUUUAUCGAGUCUUCUGUGCGUGAAAAUAUUGUAUGUUUCAGUGCCUCCAUUGGCAAUGCCAACGAUUCUAGCAUGCAAGAGAAUUUUUGUGAUCAUCUUCUUGCAUUUUUCUAACUAAAAAGUUUCGAAUAAUAUUUUCGUUCCUCGUAUCGUAUUUUUGUACUUGUAUUAUUUUUCGAGAAACUUUUGUAAAGUUUUUACGAACGAUGUACAGAACAAAGCGCCUUAAUUUAAAAGACCUAAUUUAUUGUAUUUAGUCACGUUUAGUAUACUACGAAGCCGAGCAGCAAAAUACUAGGAAGAGGGAGAGUAAAAAGAGAGUAAGAGAACGUUGUUUAAGUUCUAAUUCUGAAGCUAGUAAGGAACGGAUGAAUAUGAAGGAUUAAGUUCUCUGUGAUAUAGCGAGAUAGCCCCAAAACAGAGAUAAAAACGUUAUCGUUAUUGCUCUUAUUAUUAUAAUUAUUAUUAUUACUUAUCACUACUAUUACUAUUAUUAAUAUCAUCCUCACUGUCAUUGUUGUACCAUUGUAGACGAUAUGCUGUCUGACAUAAAACAAUAAACUUGCCUAAUGAUUAU